AUGUGAUUCCAACCCCGGAAAAAUAAUAGAAAAAAAGUUUGAUUCGCAACUUGCUCUGUCAAAACAUUUCAUUUUCCAUUAUUUUUUUAAACAGUUAUUGCACCAAUGCGAUGGAAUAUAUGAUAUAACAAUGAAGUCUGCAUUGUUACACGUUUUAGUGCCCUUUUGUGUUUGUAUCGCUUUGGCGAACACUGGUCUAUUCAACAGCGUUUUAGUCGACAUGGACUAUGAUCACUACGCCGAGAAGACAGUUGACUACCUACCCUUUUACCUGGCAAUGCCAUUCAAUUCCUUGGUCAAUUUGGGAUACAUUUUCAUGGGCAUUUACUGGCUACUUCAACGGACGGACGGUAAAAGAGACACGAGGGCAGAUUACAUCAAAGACAUGUUCGCACUCAUGGCCAUUGCCUACGCACCUGUGCAGUGGGUGCGCCUCGCAACGCUCCUUCGCGCCCCAGCUGUUUUGGACCAGUGGUUCAGUCUUCCCAUCUUUGCGUGGGUUCCGGUGUUUAUAGAGCACGGUUGGCGGCCACGGUACGCGUUAACGGUCGAGUUGUUCUCCAUUCUCAGCUAUGGCCUUUCGCUGGUGCACGACCAAGGGUUCGAGGUGGCCCUCGGGUGUCAUGUGGCCUUCGCGGUCAUCAAAGGUGUAGGGGUAAACCGUAACCAUGGAGACUACAACUCCCGGAGAUACCUGGGUCUUGCGGUACUGUCCUGCUGUGGUUUCGUGUUGCUGAAACUGUUGGAUCACACCCUGGCCCGGUACCGACCGUUCCAACAUCUCACUGGACACUUCUGGUCCAAAGUGUGUGACGUUCUGCAGUUCCACUACAGUUUCUGCUUUCUCACGCGCUUCACAAGUAUAGCACCAAAACGGUCUGAAUAGGUCUAUCCGUGGAUGAUCAAUGGCAAUCAAUGUCAUGGGGCAGUAGGUCGGAGUCUGGUUGCAACUAAUGUAUGUUAAUUCAUUCAAUUGUCUUCAUGGACUUGAGGGAGCAGAAAUUGUGUAGAAGAAACUUAGCCCACUUCAAGGACAAAUUACAAAACUGUGUCAUCAUUCACUGAAGUUGUAUUUUAGAUAUUAGGCUAAUCACACCUAAUUUAGAUUUGAAAGGAAUGUAGGUACAUGUAGGCUGGUUUGAUCAAAUUCAGAGGGGAAUAGUCAGCAAGAAUUAAGAUCGAUGAAGAUGUUUUUUUCUUUGUAAUUUUAACCAAUGCGUGAUGUCUCAUUCGUUACCAUCUUAUCUCAUACGUAAUAUCAACAUCAGUGCAACUUGUAUUUCCAACAAAUGUGUAAAUAUGUAAAACAAUCAUUGUCAUAAUACUUCAAAUUGGAGGAAUUAAAACUUUUAUGAGAAAUCUUAUAGCCACCAACUUUACAUAAUUUAUUUUUUUGUCAAUCUUUA